CUGACAUGGCGGCGUGGAAAAGAAACGUGAGAGACUCAAAGAAUUUCGCGAGACCUCGAACACGUCCUCCUGGCGUCCUAGCGCGUCGUCCCUUAUCUCAGUCCGAAGACCACCACAGCUCUCCACACCACCCAUCCACCCCACCAUGUCUUCCUUCACACCGUACACCUACUUCCAGUGUCCCUGCACCGACACCUCGACACCUACGCGCAGACUCGGAGAAGAUAGUCCCGUCGUCUCAGAAGCAAACUCCGAAGAUGAUGACCGAACCUUUGACCCUCGAGCUCCCCGCGCAAACUACAGCUUAUAUCCUCUCGAACACCUGCUCUACUGCGAAGACUGCCAUCAGAUCCGGUGUCCGCGAUGCGUUCUAGAUGAGAUUGUGACAUGGUACUGCCCGAACUGCCUUUUUGAGGUGCCGAGUAGCACCGUGAAGACUGAAGGGAAUAGAUGCACACGUAGUUGUUUCCAAUGCCCAAUCUGCAUCGCCCCUUUAUCUGUCAGUAGCCUUGAAGCACCACCCGACGGCCUCGGAGCAGAACAUGCUUCUCAGAAUGGCACUUUCGUCCUCAAUUGUGGAUUCUGCACAUGGAGCUCGAAGGAGAUAGGCAUACAAUUUGAGAAGCCGAACGGGAUCUUCGCACAGCUGGCUAAGAUCAGAAAUGGCGGAGAGGCUAUCGUAACGGCAAAAGAGCGACGAAAAGAUCGCGAGGACCGCAAGAGAGACUUUUCAGGGACGUCUAUUUCUGAGGAGAGUCCUAAUCAAGAUUCAUUUCAGCCGCUGGACCCGAAUGAAAAGUUAGAUGCUGCGAGUCAGUUCUCGAACUUGAAGGCUUUCUAUCAGUCACAGCUUGCGGAUUCAACAUCUGUCGGGGCAUUGGGGUUUUCGGGCGAUUAUGGCUAUGGUUCUCCUGGAGCGCUGUCUAGAAUCAUGGGACUAUAUACUGGGGGAAGCAUGGUGGACAAGAAAUCCAAGAGUAAAACCGGUAACAUGCGAGAAGCACAAGACGCUCUUGAAGGUCUCCAACUCACACCCUCGUCGGACGAAGAAGCUAUCAUGAAACUCCACACCCAAGGUUGGCACAGCACAUCAACAGCAGCUCAGCGCAAGGAGCUACCAAACAAUGGCGCACAGUUUCUUACCGAUCUGCGUCCCAUAGCAUAUCUCCUCCGCACGAAGCGUUCUAAGCGGUGCAAGACAUGCCGACAUAUCCUCUCGAAGCCUGAAUCUAAGAUCCAGACCACUCGCUUCAGGAUCCGUUUAGUAGCGCUGAAUUACAUCCCCGCUAUCAACAUCAAGCCGCUGCAAAACACAUCCGCACUGGCACUUACACCUAUGAAGCCCGUGCAAUUUUUACUCACUUUCAAGAAUCCUCUCUUUGAUAGAGUGAAGGUUACCUUGGCUACGCCAGCAAAGACCCCCGGGAGAUUCGGAAGCAAAGUCACUGUUCUGUGUCCACAAUUUGAAGUUGGAGCCAACACCGAUGCGUGGGAGGAAGCAUUACGCGAAGGCGGCAACAGGAACAGCUCUGGAGAGAAGCGUCGCACGAAAGCUGAAACAAGUGAAGGGCAGAACCAAGCAGAAGCCGGCAAGGUAUGGGAAAGAGGUCGGAACUGGACGAGUGUGGUUCUCGAGGUUGUACCUCCGCCGUUGAGGAUUGAUGGACCGGAUUUCAUGAGAACUGAAGAGCAGAAGAAGGACGAUGGGCCGUUAAGGGAGGACGAGGAUGUGGUGGAGAUUCCAGUAUUCGUCAGGGUGGAGUGGGAGACUGAUGCUGCGCAGGAAGAGGGCGCCGGCUUGGGUGGCAAGGAUAAAGAUGCGAGAGAGAAGAGAGAAUUGGCUUAUUGGUGUGUGCUAGGUGUUGGGAAGAUUGCCAGAGGUUAGAUGGAACAAUGGCUGGCGCAAUAUACCCAUUUGAUAUU